GAGACUUUUACUCAAAACUCUUAAAAUAUGAAAAAAUGCUUAAUCUUGAUGAGCAACAGAUUAAGGGACAAUUUCUAAGAGGUUUGUCUCCAGACUUGGAGGAUGAUAUGGAAUGCAUUG